AUGAAUAUCGUCGAGUGGGCCUUCGGAAAGCGCAUGACGCCGGCCGAGCGUCUGCGCAAACAUCAACGAGCUCUGGACAGGACGCAGCGUGAGCUCGAUCGAGAACGGGUCAAGUUGGAGAACCAAGAAAAGAAGCUGGUCGCGGAUAUCAAGAAGAGUGCCAAGAAUGGUCAGAUCGGGGCCUGUAAGAUCCAGGCGAAGGACCUGGUUCGGACGAGACGGUACGUUCAGAAGUUUUACCAGAUGCGAACGCAGCUACAGGCUAUCUCGCUGCGGAUUCAGACCGUUCGAAGCAACGAACAGAUGAUGCAGUCGAUGAAGGGCGCAACCAUGCUACUCGGCAGCAUGAACCGGCAGAUGAACCUUCCCGCGCUCCAGCGAAUUGCCAUGGAAUUUGAACGCGAAAACGAUGUUAUGGAUCAACGACAAGAGAUGAUGGACGACGCAAUCGACGAAGCCACGGGGAUGGAAGGAGAGGAGGAAGAAGGCGAAGACAUUGUCAAGGAAGUCCUGGACGAAAUCGGUGUCGACCUGAACCAAGCGCUGGGUGAGACUCCAACAGAUAUACAGAAGACGGCGGUCGCAGAGAACAGAGUCGCUCAGCCGGUUGGUGCUGGCGGAGGACCUACUACUAGUGAUGAUGACUUGCAAGCCAGGCUUGACAGCCUCCGUCGAUGA